GUUUUGAAAAUCAAUCAUAGUUAGGUGAUUCAAUCAAAACGAUGAACAAAACACACAGGAGAAACCGGAAGUUAUGACGUUACACGAACAAAAUGGCAGCCCUCUGAUGUCAACAAACUUGUCGCGUCGCUCAGUGUCAGUGUUGUACAGGAGAGAGUGAUAAUUCGAUCUGCUCUGUUUGUGUCAGCUGAAAAACCAGUGCUUGUUAUAAAAGGUCCAGGCUAUCCAUGCUUGCACCAAUGUUUGUGACUGCCUGAGCGUAUGUGCUGUGUGUGUGACUAGGUGUGAAGCCUGAAGUUCAAGAGAUCACGAUGAGCUGGUGGGAUACUGCAGGAAUUACUAACCUUGCCUCACAAGCCUUGAAGAAUGCACAGAAGAAAAUUGACAAAGUCUUGGACAUUGAUGAGAAGACCAGUGGGUCAAAGAGAAAGAGAGGGACCUCUCAACAGAAAGGAACAGAUCAGAAGUCGGAGAAGACUCCAGAAAAGACUGGGUCAAAGAAGGACAAGGAUGCACCAGAGGAUCAAGGUGCUGAUUUUUGGUCUGGCUGGAUGGGUUCUGGAGGGAGGAAAGAGUCGAAACCAGAAGAUGGUGAAAAGUCUUCUGACAGCCACUCUUCAUGGAACUUGCCCUGGAGCUUUGCAGCAACAGGGUCAGAGGACCAGGACUCACCAGUGAAAUCUGAACUGAGUGUAGACAGUAAUGAUAAGCAAGUGGCACCCUCUGACAGGAAGGCCACAGCAUCUGAGUCUGCAUCAGAGAGAGCAAAGUCGGACAUAGCUGUGACUGAUGACACCUCUGAGGUCUCUGAACUUGAUGAGGUGACAGGUCAAGAUGUUAUUGACUCUAAGGCUGCGUCAAAUUCUCCCACUGAGGCUGGUAUUGCCUCUGGAAUCUCCUCCUCAGGUUCAUUACCGGACUGCAAGGCUGAAGAUUCCUCAUCUGGCUGGCAAGAUUUCUCCUUGGACGACAACAUUGAUGAGCUCAUAGCUGGUAGUGAGGGUGAAGAAAAGAAAGAGAGAUUAGCGGCUGUCUCAGAGUUUCAAGGCUCAGGAGUGGUCAGUUCUUCCUCACCCACAGAGAAAGAGUCCCAAAUUCUCUUUGUCAAGAAUGCAACUUCACCUGCUGCCAAACAGGAAGACAGUAUAGCCUCAGCCAUACCACACUUAGACUUGAGCCCCCCACAAGCUGCCUCAACAUCUUCUGGUUUUGAAGACAAAGCAAGGGAAACUAACACGGCAGUGACAGGGGAGACCACUGUUCUCCCACUGCAAUUAGAUUCCAGUGGUUUGAAGACAUCCACUUCGAGCUCAUUCACGGAAGUAUGUGAGGACAGCCUGUCUGAGCUCUCCCUCUCCUUGCUCACCCAAGACGUGGACGAAUUGCCCACUACACUACCAGGUGAAGAACAUGGAGUGAGUGAAACGAGGUCUGAACCUUUAGUGGUUGGCAGCACUGUGGAUGUUACAUUAGAGGUAAAUGAUACUGUACUAUCUGGUGAGGCCAAGGGUGUUCUCCAGGCUGAUGACUCACCUCUUUCACAAGUUCAAAACGUUGACUCUGUGGUAGAAGAUACUUCUGGGGAGCAGCCUGUAAAUGUGAGUCCCCUUGGGGGUGCAGUGCCGGGGCAAGAGAGGAGCCAGACGGAGGUCAGUGGGGAGUAUGUGAACAUUAGCUCAGUAAGCAGCGAUGGUGCACAGACGCUGCUAUCAGAGACAGGCUCAGAUGAUGUUGUACAGGCCAGCUCAGACCUUGACUUGGGCGAUUCACGGGCUAGCAGUGAUCUUGACUUGCCUGGAGGUCAGGCCGGCAGUACGGGCUCGUCAGACACCAGCAAAUUUGACAGCAGCAUGGACACAGUUGUGGACCGGUCAUUGGUGGACACUCCUAGUGAGGCUGACCAUGAUACCACUGGUCAGGGUGAUGAGCCUUAUUCUCUGUUUGGUGAGAAGGAAGAGGGCUUUGAAAAAGAGGAGAGAGAGAAAUUAGCAGGGUCAGAGGGGACUCCAGCCUCUCUCAGCUCGUCUUACGUCAAGUGUAUGAUCGAAGAAGCCAUGGAGGAAAGUAAGACUGAGGACUCAGGUAGUGAUAAUCACUCCAGUGGGGAGAAGUCAGAGAGCUCAAAGGUAGAUUCGGAGUUUGAGAAAAGUGUAUACAGUGGCCAUGAGUCAAGUGAUGACAUCGAGACCACGACUUCCUCCGAUAUUGAAAUCCUCCAGGCUCCAUCAGCAAAUGACGAGAGCAAGUUUCACACCUCAUUCGACCUGUCUCCGCUCAAAAUUGCCCUACAGAAGACAGCCGGGGCUCACGGGCACCGCCGCUCUGACAGCCAGUCCAGCUCCAGUGCUCACAGCAAAUCUGGGGAGCUGGACCACCCAAGCCCGGAGAGAGGAGAGAGCAGCCUCUGGAGAGAUGAUGACUCCCCUCACCAUGACUUGCAGGCAGUGCGAGAAGAAGGGGUAGACAACCCAUACCACCCUGAAAGAUUGCUCAAGUCAGCUUCAACAGUCGGAGGAGGCCAGGGAGACGGAGACAGCUGACCUGACUGCAGUGACCAACGAGUUCACCGCCAGGCUCAGUGAGUCGGAGAAGAAGAUACAGCAAGUGCUGAAGGAGAAGGAGAACGUGAAGCAACAGCUGGGGAAGACAGAGGAAGAGCUGAAGAAAAGAUCUGCCAACGUGGACCUGGAAGCUGAGCUGGAGGAGAAGACAGAGCAGGUUGAGCAGCUAAUGGCAGAGGGUGAGAAGCUGAGUCGUCAACAGCUACAGAGCAACAACAUCAUCAAGAAACUGAGGGCCAAGGAGAAGGAGACAGAGACAACUAUCACAGGCCAGAAGAAAAAACUGGAGACUCAGACAGCAGAGCUGGAGAGACUGACUGUGGUGUUGGACUCAAAGGAGGAGAUGGAGAAAACACAGGGAGAGGCCAUCAAUCAGCUCAAUGCUGCAGUGCAGAAACAAGAGAAGGAACUGAGCAAAUUGAGGAGUGAGCUGGAAGAUUCCCAGGAGAAAUGCCGUGGUCUUCAGGCAGCGCUGGACAACUCCUACAAGGAGAUAGCGGAGCUUCACCGGUCCAACGCUUCUCAGGACAGCAAGGCCCAGGAGGCUGCCCUCAGUGCCGAGUCUCACGUCAGGGAGGAGCUGAAGGCGGCCAUGGAGCGGGAACAGCAAAGGUUUAGGCAGGAGAGAGAGGCCUUUAUCAUGCAGGCUGAUGACCUCCGGCUGGACAUGACUCGGCUGGAGAAGGAGCACAGCAGGAGAGAGGAACUGCUCAGACAGGAGAUCACACAUCUACAGGAGCGUCUGCAGGAGGGCGAGUCGCGCAGUCAGGAGCUGAGCCAGACAGUGAGCUCAGCCACACGGCCCCUUCUGAGACAGAUUGAGAACCUGCAGGCCACAUACGGGGCACAGGCCACAGCAUGGGAGAAGGUGGAGAAGAACCUCACAGAUAGACUGGCGGAGGCCCAGACAGCAGUAGCCAUGGCCCAGGAGAAGGAGCGUACCGGGAGCGAGCGUGUGAUGGAGUUGUCUGCCCGUGUGACUUCCCUGGAGGCCAGCAACAGUCGCCUCAAGCAGGAGAAGGCACAGUUGGUGGCACAGGGAGAGGCAGACCGGGGCAGGCUGGAGGAGUUGGAAGAUAACAGACACAGUGUUGUAGCGCAACUGGAGACAAGUCGACAAAGGAUGGUGGAGGAGCUCAACCAGCUCAAGGUGGACAAGGUUCACUUGGAGUCCCAGCUGGGUGUGGAGAGGACACGGCUGGAGACGGAGAUGAAGAAAGGCCUAGCUCUAGAAGAACAGCUGAGACUAGCGGAACGAGAACGUCCGCGAUCGCGAGGCACCCCAUCACCGUCACCAUCCAUGUCCGUGAGUCGCCAGGAGAGUCUGGUGGGCAGUAUGCACGAGCGGCAGUCGCCAGGUUGGAGCUGGUCAUUCCAUGAGGAUGCAGAGGCUGGAGGGUCGGCGGGUACUCUUGGAAAGUCCAGUGUGUACGACAGUCUGCGACACUCGGGCGCCGCUGUGGUGGUGGAGAAUAUGCAAGCCCAGCUCAAGCAGAAGGAAGGGGAGAUCACACAACUGCAGUCGGAGAUCCAGCAGCUAGAGCGUACCCGUGAGUCAAUGGCUCGUGAACUCGUUGACCUCAGCAACCAGAAUGAGGAGCUGAAGGAGAAAAAAGCAGAGCAUGAAAAACUCCAGACAGAGUUCCAGGAGCUGAGUGGCCGCUACAGCGCCCUGCUUCAGAUGUACGGAGAGAAGGAGGAGCAGGUACAGGAGCUGAGGCUGGAUCUACAGGACGUGAAGGAGAUGUACAAAACACAGAUUGACACACUGCUGGCCAAAUGAGAAUGUCACCAACACUUGACACCCGUGAUGCAUAGAACACACAAACAGCUUCCAUCAGGCUGAUGAUGACCAGGGGGUCUCAUCUUGCUUCAUCCGUCACCUCGCAACAGUCAUUGAUCUCACAGGCCACAUCAGAUCACAGACACAGAAACUUUAGUUUUGGAAGUCUACUUCCAGCGAGGCCAUAGUUGGUGUAAAAGAACAUGCCUAACUAAGCGAGCUCCUGUUGUCCUGCAAAGAAAGCCAGAAGAAAGUUUAUAUUGUUGGGUCAACAGUCAAAGGUCACUGGCAAGUGCUGGCAAGCACAUCAGUGGUCUGUGGUCAGAUGUUACAGUUUACAUUGAGGUUUAUAUGAGCUUGUGAAUGGAAACUGUUUUCUGGCUAAGCUUGAUGAUGCACUUUGUAACAUAUGUGCUGUGAUCUUUGCUCACAUACACCCCCCCCCCCCUUAUUUUGUGACCUUUGACCAGUGACCAACCUGUUUUCUGGGCUGUUUGCUGUGACCUUAUUUAUUGUGACAACUCUGGGUCUGAGCGCUGAGGAUGUGUCGGUGGAGAUUUUGUGUGUGAUAGGUACCCAAGAGUUAAAUGUGAUACCACAGGCCUACAGUGUAAUUGGCCAUUCUAGUUGUGACAUAAUUAUUGCACAGGUCAAUGGAAUUCUUCUGCCAAUUGUUCGAGUGAAACAUGUAGAGACUGAACUUACUGGGACCAGAUGUUUGUGAUAUCAAAAUCCUUAUUGAACAAUUCCAGGACAAAGCGCCUCAUUGUUGGUGGGUGGUCUGGCCCGGUGUAUGAGUUGUAAACUGUGCUUGUCAUCUGCCACAUGUGGUCAGGGAAGUACUGACCAGCUCACUUCCCUGGAUACAUUCAUGAGAGGAGGAGUCUUACUUCAUUUUAUAUAGAAAUAAGUAGUUAGAUUAAAUAUUUUAAAGAUGUUUUCUUUUCUUCUCCGGUUGCCUGAUCUGCAUAUUGGUGUUUACGCAAUGCUUGUUGUGCUGUGCUAGACUUGAGGAUGGUGUUUUAGGAGUGAUGUGCGUGUUGUGUUUUGUAAGUGUUGUCUACAGAAUGACUCCACUUCAGAGGUACCGUAGAGCCAAGCAGUGUCUGUGGUGACAUGAAAUAUUAUGUGUGAAGAGAUGUGUGAUUGCUGGCUCAAACCUCUUUGAGUCUUUGUAUCAUAAUCCCUUGAGAGAAUUCCAAGGGCCUGAUACUACCAUCAAGGUUAGCAUUGAGUGGUUUCAGAAAUCAGUAUGGUGUGUGUCUCAUCACUCGGUUGUGACUCAGUUCUACUCGCAUGUAUCACCAAGUCUGUCCCCGUCGUUUUUAAGCAAGAAAAAUUUUGAAAUUAUGCAAACAGCCCAAAAAUGUAAAAUUAUGCGAUUCUGUUCAUUUUAACAAAGAAUGAUAAAGGAAAAUAAUCAGAAAUUAUGCAAAAAAUGAUCAAAUUUUGCUAAAUUAUGCGGGGUGCAUAAAACCACAGGGACAGCCAAGUGGGUGAUUAGAGAUCUUAAUUUUUUCUUUUUCUAUUUUUGUUUCUUUUUGUCUGUUUUGCUUUGUCCAUUGUUGUGUUGGUUAGUUGGGAUGUUAUUUUACUUCACUUUCUGUUGGCACUGACUUACCUAGGUUUUCACAGGAUUGUGUUUACAACAAGUUUUGUAUUGAUAGUUCUUUUUGUUGCAGACCAAGUGUUCUUGUUGACACAAAAUAAAGAAUAGGCCUACAGAUUUUGCCAAUCAAAUCCUAUGACAUGGCUGCCUACUGUAUUCUUAGAAUAGCAAGUGACACUUAAACAUUGUGACAACUGGUGUUUGGGACAAUAUUAUAUAUAUGCUUAUGGCUUGGCUAAUACCAAGUAGACUUACUUUAAACUCUCCAAUGCUGUAAGGAUGUUAUUGUAUUUUGUGGAAGUUCGACUUGGAAGAGACUCAAAAUCUGUGACUUGGUUUUAUCUCAAAUUUAACUGAGCUUUUUAAAAAUAAACAAUAGUUAGGCUGCCACAUUCAGUAUUAAUUGUUGUACUAAUGAUAGCAUGGGAUAGGGUUCAUAACGGUAACACAGUCAUCAACUGGAAGCAGCCCCCAUGUGAUAUUUUGGCAAACCUUUAUAAAAUGUUAUGGAAGUGAUGACAAUUUAGCUUUAGAAUUUGAUCACUCUAUGCGAGGGGAGGGAAUGAGGGGUGUAUCCUACCCCUGAAAACGGCUAACAAACAUCAUCAUUAUCAAUUUAAUAGAUUUUCAAUAAUCUUGCCUAAUCUACUCAGAUAUAUCGUCAUCAUCAUGUUCAUCACAAUUCUUGACACAUAUUUCAGUGGUAAACGUAACUAACUUCUGACAUCCAUAAAAGUAGGACAUGGGACCAAACAAACAAAAAUGAAGGUCAUGAAGGUCGACUUGGCAGAGUUAUUUCUCAGUGCCGUCUGUUUGAAGCAGAAAUGAGAUAACGACAGGCACUUGUACUGUUUACAUAUUCAAUGUGUUUUGUCCCCAGUGGGCAGAUCAGAUUGUUAGUCUUUACUUCUGCUCACAGGGGAAAGGCUUAUGACACUUAUGUAUGGCAAGAUGCCUGUUGGAAUGUGCCUUAUGAUAUGGCGGUCAUUGAGGUGUACUAUGUAGCACGGUACUCACUGGGGUACACUAUGAUUUGAAGCACUUGCCAGGUGUAUGCCAUAAAGCUUUGAACUGCCUAAAGUAUACGAUGACAUCCAUAAAAUAUGAAGUGCUUGUUGAUGUCAGUCAUUGACUUGUAUGACAAAACACUCACUGGAGUGUGCCAUAUGGCGCUGGAGCUCACAAGGGUGUAUUGUUUAGCAUCAGGUUUGCUGGGGUAUGCCAUAUUGCAAGGAUUUCUUUACUCUGCAUCAGUUAAAAAGAUAAUUAAAGGUAAAAAAGAAUUAAAGGACUUUGGUCGUUGUCUCAUGGGUUGUAGUUGUUCUUGUCAUCUUGUAAUUUAUUUAUUCUGUGCAAUGGUACAAGGGUUGGUGGUUGGUAGAUGUGUCAUCUGAACUUGGUACCACUAGAUAUGAGUGGAUAUCCGUUGUGUGUGAUUUAAGCCUUUUAUGAAGAAACUGAGACACAUUCCUUGUACAUGCACAUGUAGUUGGAUGUAUGUGUUUGACGAAAUAGUCCACCUUGUUGUUGCCCAGAACCAAGUGUAGUUUGAUGUCACUGUAAUUUAUGUAACUUCAUGCAAUAAUUUGAGUCCACGCGGAGUAAUUUCUGUGACUGUCAAGGUGUUUCAUACCGUCCUUGCCAUGAAUACACAGUAGGUAGCAUUUUCCCCACAUACAUUCACACAUCUCAUUACACAAUAGUGUGUGAGGGAGAUAAGACUGAGAUCCGUGCUCAUGUUGUGAUGUAUCCAGUGACUUGUGAACAGUGUGAUUGUAGGCUACUUUUGUUUUUUCUGUGCGUUUAUCAAGGUUGAAUCUUUCCUCAUACUGACCAUGCUGGUCACAUACAUUGUAUAAGGCUCUCUGUGAUAGCUACACAUGUCAGUUAUAUUAUGUCUGUGAAGUACUGAGAUAUCUACCCUCCUCUCUCUCCAACCUCUCCCUCUCUACUCCUCUCCCAUGCCGCAUUGUGUGGAUCAGGGGAUGUUCUCUGGUAGGUGCAGGGUCAUUGUUAUGUUUCUUUGCUUCUCAGUCAUUGAUUGAAGGUGAUGCUCAUGUCUCUUGUUCUCACAGAACGUCACAAGUUAAGCCCAUUCCCUUUGCUUCUUACACUUCCAGUACCGGUACAUGAUUCGAUUCAAGUCCAUGGGCUUCUCCAACAGUUACAAGGUGUACAUGCUUUUAUGUCUCUUUGCUUCUCUGCCUCCACUUCUUGAUUAUGUCCCUUUGAUUCUCAGUCUCUACUAUUGUGAGUAAUGGCUCUCAUUACAUCAUGCUGCACAUCAAUGUGACACUCACUCAAGGAUUCCUAAAGGUGUAUUAUAUACUGGUUCUAAGUUGUGGGUUUUUAUUUUAGUGGAUAAAUGUCUAUUACAAUACACCUCCAGGUAUUGCUGUUAUGUGUAUGUUUCGAGGACAACAAAUUCUUGACCGCUGUGAGUGCAUGUGUACAUGUGUGUAUGUAGGUGAAUUUUUGGGAUCAUUUCAGUUUUAAUACUAUUCAAUAUUAUUAUAUUCAUAUUUUCUGUAUAAUGUCAUUUUAGCAAGUGUACUGUUUGACUCCUGUUUCGGAAUUUCUUGUUCCUGUUCCAUACACAGUUUGUUUUUCUAAAAAGUUGGUUUAGAUGCAUGUGUGUAUGUAUCAGUGUGUGCACUUGUAUGUGUGCUUUUGUGUGUGUGUGUGUGUGUGUGUGUGUGUGUGUGUGUGUGUGUGUGUGUGUGUGUGCAUGUUCGUGAGAGCAUGUAGGCACACUUAUGCGUGAGUGUAUGCAUGUGUGAGCAUACCGGCCUAUAUCAUGACGCACACAGGUAUAGGAUUGUUAUGGCGUAGAGUAUCAGGACUUUCAGUGAGAAAUCUGAGGUUUAUGUCUGUCAACAGAAUUACUACAGCUAUUAUUUAUGCACGUGUAUAUAAGAGUGAACAUGUAUUUAUUGAGGUCAUUUCUGAGACCUCAAUGCCCUGUGACAUGAUUCAUGGUCUUUCAAAUGUUGUACAUGAUGUAUUUGGGCUGAACUGAAGAUGUAUACUCAUCAUAUAAUUUCCUACGUGGACUUUUUUAAAACUUGCUACUGUGGGAUUUCCAUCAUGAGGGCGACGCUUUUUUGUUAUCUAAAUAAAAUCUAAAAACUGAGA